GAGGCGGAGCCGCGGAGGGCAGAGGCGCUGGGAUGGUCCUCUGAGCGCGGCCCUGCAGCCUGGACGGGGCCGCGGGGCGCAGUGGCGGGGUGCGCCCAGCCGAGAAGGGGCGCGGGGCGCGGGCAGCCGGGACCUCCCUCCCUCCAGCGGACGGCAGCUCCUCGGGAGCCAGGCCGUGCGCCAUGGACCCCGUGACCAAGUGGAGCCCCAAGCAAGUGGUGGACUGGACCAGAGGUCUAGAUGAUUGCCUGCAGCAGUACGUCCACAAGUUUGAACGGGAGAAGAUAAAUGGAGCACAGCUGUUGCAGAUUUCCCACCAGGAUCUGGAGGAGUUGGGUGUCAGCCGAAUCGGACACCAGGAACUUGUGCUGGAGGCUGUUGACCUUCUCUGUGCACUGAACUAUGGCCUUGAAACUGACAAUAUGAAGAACUUGGUUCUGAAGCUUCGAGCCUCUUCCCACAACUUGCAGAAUUACAUAAGUAGCCGGCGCAAAAGCCCUGCAUAUGAUGGCAACACCUCCCACAAACCCCCCAAUGAGUUCCUCACCUCUGUGGUGGAGCUCAUUGGUGCUGCUAAGGCCUUGCUAGCCUGGCUGGAUCGGACUCCCUUUACUGGUGUUACUGAUUUUUCAGUGACAAAGAACAAGAUCAUCCAGCUCUGCUUGGAUCUGACCACCACAGUCCAGAAGGAUUGCCUUGUAGCAGAAAUGGAGGAUAAAGUUUUAAAUGUAGUCAAGGUUUUAAAUAGCAUUUGUGACAAAACAAUCCGUUCAGCCACCGAUCCUGUUAUGAGCCAGUGUGCAUGUCUUCAGGAAGUGCACCUACAGAACAUUAAACCCGGGGAAGGCCUGGGCAUGUACAUCAAAUCCACCUAUGAUGGGCUGCACGUGAUUACUGGAACCACAGAAAAUUCUCCUGCAGAUCGAUCUCAGAAGAUCCAUGCAGGGGAUGAAGUUAUCCAGGUCAAUCGACAAACUGUGGUGGGAUGGCAGCUGAAGAACUUGGUAAGGAAACUGAGGGAGAACCCCACUGGAGUUGUGCUACUGCUUAAGAAGCGCCCCACGGGAUCCUUUAAUUUCACACCUGCUCCCCUGAAAAACCUUCGUUGGAAGCCACCUCUUGUGCAGACUUCACCUCUGCCCAAGACCCCGCAGUCCCCUGAGAGCACCAUGGACGCCUCAUUGAAGAAGGAGAAACCGGCCAUCCUGGACCUCUAUAUCCCACCACCACCUGCUGUCCCUUACUCACCACGGACUGAGAACGGGAAUGUUGUUUACAGAGGAGUCAGCAAGUCAAAACAGCCCUUGCCUGGCCGGAAGGGAUCCGAGUCCCCAAAUUCCUUCCUGGACCAAGAAAGCCGAAGACGGAGAUUUACCAUUGCGGAUUCUGACCAGUUGCCCGGGUAUUCCGUGGAAACCAAUAUUCCGCCCACAAAAAUGAGGGAGAAAAAGCCAUCAUAUGGAAAACCCCGGCCCCUGUCCAUGCCAGCUGAUGGAAAGUGGAUGGGGAUUGUUGACCCUUUUGCCAAGCCUCGAAGUCAUGGAAGGAAAGGGGACGACGCCAUUUGCCGGUACUUCAGUAACGAGCGGAUUCCUCCCAUCAUCGAGGAGAGCAUGUCUUCCUACUACCGCCUCCCCCGGCCACCCAGUGAGCGGCAGCUGGUGCGUGGUGCUGACUACAUUCGGGGAAGCCGCUGCUAUAUCAACUCGGAUCUGCAUAGCAGUGCUACCAUGCCUUUCCAGGAGGAAGGGAUCAAAAAGAAGCCUGGUGGGGCAGGGGCCAAGUCCACAACCACGGAACCUUCCCUGCUGGUCAGCUGGUUGACGCGCCUGAAACUAUUGACUCACUGAGCCCUGCCCUUCUCCUGCCACCAGUGCCUUCUGUUGUCAGCUGGCCACUGUUCCCAUGUGCAGCUGCAGUAUUACCUAGUGACCUUCUUAUGCCAUUGUUUCCCCUGCCCUCCUUUGGUUGGAAAACAAUCUGUUGCCCUUCUGGGAAGUUUCAUGUCCUUGGAUAGACCACAUGGAUCUUCAGUGUUGGCUUAUGGAGGCAGAAGAAGAUGGAUGGAUGGAAUGAAGUGAUCCUGCCUUUCCUUCAGCAGAACCCAGACACACUAUUCUGCACAGUGAACCUUCACCACAUCUGGCAGGUCAAUUGGAGAAACAGGAAUUGUUUCGGAAGUGUCCAACAAAGAUGUUGGACAAAGAUGGGAGACCCUGAGAACUCAGAAGUGUUGGUUUCUGUUCCAAUUUAUUCACCUGCAAAAGCCACCAGAGAAAACAG